AUGUCUUCACCUCGAAACGAGUCUGGACUUUCGCCGCGCGAGUCCCGUGUUAUCGGGGCGCUGCUGGGUGUCCAUGCCGGUGAUUCUCUGGGCGCAACGCUCGAGUUCAAGACUCAUACGGAUAUUGCCCGUGAAUACCCUCUUGGUCUCCGAGAGAUCGUAGGCGGAGGCCCGUUUCGAUGGUCGCAAGGUCAUGCAACAGACGAUACUGAUAUGACUCGGGGCGUACUCCUUGCAUAUCACGACUACAAGGCUGGCGACGACGUCGCGCGCCUCGCUGGCGAUUACUUCAUCAAUUGGCUUCGCGGCGACUGGCCAGGCAGACGACCAGGAAGUCGACCGGAGGACAUUGGCGGAGCUACGUUCGACGGAUUGACCAAAUAUAAGAGAACGAGGGAUCCCGAUCGUGCGGGAGCUGGCGAGGGAAGUGCUGGAAAUGGAAGCUUGAUGCGCUGCAUUCCGACCGGCUUGUUCCAACCUGAUCCCCAGAAGUUGGUCGAGGAAAGCGUGCGUAUCAGCAAGAUCACCCACGACGAUAAGAGAUGCACGGUCGCAUGUGCAGCCUACAACAUGAUUGUGUCAAAGCUCAUCGACCAAAUCGCCCCGCCAGAGGCCAUUGAGGCAGGCCUCAAAGUCGCAGAAAGUCUUGAAGGAGCCUCUGGUCCAGUAUAUGAAGCGAUUGAACUCGGCAAAUCUCUCAACGUGGCAACAAUGGCAGAGAAAGGGCCUGCACCUGAACUGGGAGGGAGAUGCAGCGGAUACGUCCUUGAGUCACUGAGCCUCGCGAUCGCUGCGGUCCUUGACACUCGUGGAUUGGAGGAUAUUGUGGUGGAUGUGGUUCGCAUUGGCUGGGAUACAGACACAAAUGGAGCGAUCGCGGGAGGAAUACUGGGAGCUCGAGAUGGAACAACGGCUAUUCCUCCCCAGUGGAGAUCAGUCUUGCAAUUUGGUCGUGAGUUUGAGAAGACGGCUUUGAGUAUCCUCAAGGGGAAUGCAGCGUAA